AUGACUGCAGAGAAGACAUGGAGCGUGGAACCUUCUCACUUUGCCGACCUCACCGGUGCUGCUUGGGCUCGAGCUCUUCACCGCGUCUCGCGGCGUCGGUGGAGUCAGUGGGCGAAGUGGUCCACCCAGGCGUGGUGUUUGGGGCGCGGCGAGAUCACCGGUUUCCCCAAGGAACGUUGUUCGGUUGCAUCUGAGGAAACAGAGUUCACAGUGGCUCGUGACAUUCUCGCAGAGUCUAACUGGUUGACCUGUAAAGUCUUGCUUCAAGUGAAAGCAUGGAAUGAUGCUGCCCAUCUGCGUGAGGUAUACAAUGAAGUGUCCAAAAUGGAUCUUGCUCAAGAGAGUUCAACGGUCGCCGAGCUAGUCAGUCAGCGCGAGGAGUUGGCCAAAAAGAACGGUGAUCAAUGGAGGUGCGACGAGUUCAGUGGCCAGAACGAGGCAUGUGGCAGCCGCUACCAGGAGCACAACGGUGCGACGUUCCAGUGUGUGGUUCGUCCAGCUGGGUCAGGAGUGACCAAUUGCCUCACAGGGCACCGCUGCAAAGUGCCAGAGGUGUGCCCUGCCAAGCAGCUGGAGUCUCUAGGCAAUGGGUUUUGCAGCAGCGGUCAGAUCUAUGGUAGCCAUGCCUGGGAGCUUGCUUCUAGCUCAGGGGGCGUAAAAGGUUUCGACACGCCUGAGUACGAGGCAGGAGGUUUGGAUCAUCAAAACAGUUGA